UUAAAACAAUCAAUAGAAAUGAUGAAUUGGUAUGUUUUUGUGGGCCAUGAGAUUCGAUGGAACUCUUAAGCCCAUGGGCCGAAUCUGAAUCGGGGCCCAAUAUUGUUCGUCUUCCUUGUCGGAAUUAUACCGGAGUGUAAGGGUUCAGGCGAGGCGGGGGUUUUAAGGAAGAGGAACGUAGAUUAAGAUUAAGAGAGAAAUUUCGAUCAAAAUACAUUGCCAGAUGAUUCCAUUUCUGAGAAAUGUUUCGAGUUCACACAACACGUCCAGACGGAUCGCCGCAGUUGCUGCUGCUGCUUCUUAUUACUUGUAUGCUAGAAGUGAUGUAGAUUCUAAACCCUCUAUUGUGUUGUCAAUUCCUGCUGCGUGGAGUGAUCCACUGUUUCUUCCAUGGCAGACUACACACCGUGCUCGUCUUCUUGGCUCGUUCGAUCAUCAGCUAUUGGAUAUUUCGUUAUGUUCUUCAAGAGUCAGUCCUGGUGAAAAGAAGGAAGCUCCAUGUUUGGGUAGAGAUACAAUUGCAAAUGCUGCAGCAGAUGUUGGCCCUGCUGUUGUGAAUAUAUCUGUUUCUCGUGGUAUUUAUGGAAUUGCUUCGGCUAAAAGCGUGGGAUCUGGAACGAUUAUUGACAAGGAUGGCACAAUUUUAACAUGUGCACAUGUUGUGACUGAUUUUCAUGGUCCACGAGCUGCAUCUAAAGGAAAGGUGGAGGUUACUUUACAAGAUGGUCGGACAUUUGAAGGGACAGUAAUGAAUGCUGAUUUUCACUCUGAUAUUGCCAUUGUGAAAAUCAAUUCUAAAACUCCUCUUCCCAUGGCAAAACUUGGUUCUUCAAGCAAGCUCCGGCCUGGGGAUUGGGUUCUAGCAAUUGGAUGUCCACUUUCCCUUCAGAAUACUGUCACAGCUGGUAUAGUAAGCUGUGUUGAUCGUAAGAGUAGUGAUUUGGGUCUCGGUGGAAUGCGAAGGGAAUAUCUACAAACAGAUUGUGCAAUUAAUGUGGGAAAUUCUGGGGGCCCUCUGGUUAAUGUUGAUGGAGAAGUUGUCGGUGUAAAUAUUAUGAAAGUCGAUGAUGCUGUUGGGUUAAGUUUUGCUGUACCAAUUGAUUCAGUUUCCAAAAUUACAGAGCAAUUCAAGAAAAGAGGACGAGUAAUUAGGCCUUGGCUCGGAUUGAAAAUGAUUGAUCUCAAUAAAAUGAUAAUUGAACAACUGAAAGAAAGAGAUGGAACGUUUCCAGAUGUUACCAAAGGAGUUCUUGUAGCUAUGGUAACUCCAGGAUCCCCUGCUAGUCGUGCUGGAUUUCGUCCUGGCGAUGUAGUCAUUGAGCUCGAUAAGCAACCUGUUACAAGUAUCAAAGAGAUCAUUGAAAUUAUGGGAGACAGAGUUGGGGUUCCACUGAAUGCAGUUGUGAAAAGAUCACUUAAUACUAUCAUUACCUUAACUGUUCUUCCUGAGGAGUCCAAUCCAGACAUGUGAUUUUUAUUUUUAUUUUUUAAAAAAAAUCAAGUUUUCUUUCAUAUAUCAUGUUCUAUCUCACUUCAAUAAUAUGAAGAUAUCAAUGAAUAGAUUAUUAGCUACGGAAACUUUUUAGAUCA